UUUCGAAUACCACACAUGAUCAGCCUCUAGCCAUCUAUCCUCCACCUGCCUUGGGGAAAUAAAACAACGGCCUCGGCAUCGUUCCACUCCCGGGGAGAGCAAGUAUGAUACUGACUAGGCGUCCCUAUUUCUCCCGACUGUCUUCAGUUCCCCUAGUCUUUCUUAUCGGCGGGGCAGGCACUCGGUGGUUUGCCCGACCAUGGUCAUACGAAGGACUUCGCACACAAAUGCGUCCGGUUGGUUGGUGCGAUCGUCAAGGAGUCUUGGGUGGGCCGUUUCCGGUCGUCGAAAACCAAAGCACCUACCGCCGACACAGUACUCCCCGGUGCACCUCACUCAUACAUUACCGAAGCGCCGAUCUUCAGCCUACUGUGGAGCUUUGCUUGUGUCUCGGCCUUGGUUGACCCUUCUGCUGGUGGCGAUAAUCUCUUGUCAAAGUCGGCGUGCUGCAAUGUCGAUAAUGGCACCAUCCAAAAGCACCCUUUCCUAGGAUCUGACGACUGUGUGUCUCGAGUGUGUCUAUACUAUGCGGCUGUGCAUUGUAUGUACAAUGUAUGUACAUAUCCUGGA